UGGUAAUGAUAAAAUUUUAAAGAAUAACACUAUCUAGCCCAUAGAAUUGAAGGGGAACUCGGAGAGUUGCCUUUAGCCUCUUAGCAUAAGUACAAUUACCCAGGGCCACCGUUGAUCUUCAAUCAUUGUACGGCUUUGAUCGCAUGAGCUGGGAGAAGCUUUCUAGAAGAAUAAACGAACAGAGAAAGGUAAAAGAAAAAAAAAAAGGUAGGAAAGAAAAUGGAGGAAGAGGAGCAUGAGGUGUACGGAGGAGAUAUCCCCGACGAAGGAGAGAUGGAAGGCGACUUGGAUCCUCACAACGCUGAGGUCGACAUGUCCGCCGCCGAUGACGAUGCCGUCAAGGAAUUAGAUGAGAUGAAGAAACGGUUGAAGGAAAUGGAAGAUGAAGCGGCGGCUCUCCGCGAAAUGCAGGCCAAGGUCGAGAAGGAAAUGGGUGCUGUUCAAGAUCCUGCUAGUGCAGCAGCUAAUCAGGCGAGCAAAGAGGAAGCAGAUUCACGAUCAGUUUUUGUUGGCAAUGUUGAUUAUGCUUGCACACCUGAAGAAGUGCAGCAGCAUUUCCAAUCUUGUGGCACCGUAAACAGAGUGACUAUUCUGACUGACAAGUAUGGCCAACCAAAAGGCUUUGCUUAUGUAGAGUUCCUGGAAGCAGAAGCUGUUCAAGAGGCCCUCGUGCUGAAUGAAUCUGAGUUACAUGGCCGCCAGUUGAAGGUUUUGCCUAAAAGGACUAAUGUUCCUGGGAUGAAGCAGUACCGUCCAAGGCGUCCCAGUCCUUAUAUGGGCCACCGGUUCAGGAGGCCCUACAUACCUUCAUAUUUCUACUCUCCGUACGGAUACGGGAAGGUUCCUAGAUUCAGGAGGCCAAUGCGAUAUAUGCCCUACUAUUAGAAUAAUUGAGGAUCUGAGAACAUAUUUACCAUAUAUGGAGGAAGUAGUAAAAUUUUAAUUUAUGCCAGUCUGUUCAGAGGAUAUAGUUCGAGCGGACGUAUUCCUACUUGCUACCUGCCGUUUUUAUCAUGUAUUAUCAGCUGUUUGACAUUUGCUAUAAGUAUCAGAGUUUCAUAAA